CACACACACACACGCACACACACACACACACACACACACACACACACACAAUGCGAACCAUGAUAUCGGGGGUCUGUUGGAAACUUUUUCUUCUGACUUUCUUCCUCCUGGAUCUUGGGUCGUCCCAAGAUUUCGGCCAGGCCCGAUUUAUUUGUACCUCUGUGCCGACGGAUAUGGACAUGUGUGCUGCUACCAUGCAGAACAGCGGGCCGGCGGAGGACCAGAAGACCACGGUCCUGCAGCUGAGGGAAACGGUCCUGCAGCAGAAGGAGACUAUCAUGAACCAAAAAGAUACGAUUCGGGAGCUGACAGCCAAGCUGAGCCGAUGCGAGAGUCAGAGUAUAACAGACCCGGGCGAGACCAGACCCGGUUCGAGGAGAAAAGAGACGGGCAAGAACACCAUGGGUGACGUAUCGAGGACUGCAGCGGAUACGUUAAACCAACUGGGUCAAACUUUACAGUCACUCAAACAGAGGCUAGAAAACCUGGAGCAAUUAAGCAGGAACAAUAAUUCAGCCCAAGCUAACAACCUGAAAGAUCUACUCCAGAAUAAAAUCGAGGACCUGGAGAAGCAGGUGCUGUCCCGUGUGAACGGCAUGGAGGAAAGCAAGCCCGGGCUGAAGAAUGAGACGGAGCAGAGAGUCAAGGUGGAAUCCACGCUCACAUCCCUGCACCACAGGAUCAGCGACCUGGAGAAGGGUCAGAAAGAAAACCGCCCCGCAGAUAAGUUCCAGCUGACCUUCCUCCUGAGGACUAACUACAUGUAUGCGAAGGUGAAGAAGAGCCUGCCCGAGAUGUACUCCUUCUCAGUGUGCAUGUGGCUCAAAUCCAGCGCCUCCCCCGGCUUGGGCACACCCCUCUCCUACGCAGUCCCGGGGCAAGCCAACGAGUUAGUGCUGAUCGAGUGGGGAGACAACCCGAUGGAGAUAGUCAUCAACGACAAGGUAGCAACGUUGCCAUUUGUGAUUAAAGAUGGGAAGUGGCAUCACAUCUGCAUCACCUGGACCACACGCGACGGCGUGUGGGAGGCGUUCCAGGAUGGCGUGCUGAGGGGCAACGGGGAGAACCUGGCCCCCUAUCAUCCAAUCAAACCACAGGGAGUCCUAGUGCUAGGUCAAGAACAGGACACGCUGAGCGGAGGGUUCGACGCCACACAAGCGUUCGUGGGCGAGCUGGCUAACGUCAAUAUCUGGGACAGGAAGCUUUCCUCAGGCGAGAUCUACAACCUGGCCACCUGCAACAGCAAAGCCCUGGUGGGGAAUGUCAUCUCCUGGGCCGAGAGCAACAUUGACAUUUAUGGAGGAGCCACCAAGUGGACUUUUGAAGCCUGCCGUCAGAUCAACUGAGCCGCAGCACAAGCAGACAGCAGGACAGCAGCAUCUCUCCUGGCUUGAGUGCCCUCCUUACAUUGUUUUAAAAUCGGGAAUUCAUAUAUAAGUGCAAUUUUUUUUUUUUAUCAUAAGAACAUCACUCCUUAUUUGUCUUGGAAACUUGUGACUAAAGACGACUCCUCCUUUUGAACUGUAAGCAUUUCUGCUGGUGAGUGGAGCUCCGAUCCGAGGGCUCUGUCAACCCUAUUGGAGAAGAAGCUGGGCAGCUACACACCUUAUCUUGGACAGCUACUCAACAGCAAAGCCGGGCUUCUUCCCCUCGUUUCCAGGCAGUGUUGUGUUAGUCAGCCGCGAUCAAUUUCUUUUCCCUGGAACUUGCACUGUGAAUGAAAUGUGAACCAGAAGACGAAAGGUUAAUGUGAGGACUAAGAUAGACUCCAUAUUCAUUUGCUGACUUGCUUAUUUUUUUCUUUUAGCUUUCUUUGUUUAUGCUGUAAUGAAGUUUAAUUGCCAACUGAGUUUAAAGCCUGGGUGCCUUGGGCUGGUAAAAUUCAGCACUGUUGUUUUAAUUUGCAAUUUUUUAUGAUAUAUAUAUAUAUAUAUAUAUAUAUAUAUAUAUAUAUAUAUAUAUAUAUAUAUAUAUAUAUAUAUAUGUAUUUAAAGCAAUGUGUUCAAGGCCAUGGUGUUUGUACUCUGUAUUAGGAAUGCUAUCUACAAAAACAGCAUGAAAGAAAAAUGGUGCAGCAGCAGCAUCACCAGAUCUGCUCUCACUGUCCUCGUGGGGUUGUUUUUUUUUUACUGUAUUGUUAUAUGCUCAAAGCAUGGCAACACUGAAAGACUAUCAAAUUCAAUUUUUGUAAUAAAAUCGUGAUAUAUUA